AUGGGGAAUUGCUGUUCUCCAGGUAAUGAUGAAAUUGAUGCAGACUUCACGGACUCAGCCCCAAUGCCAAACACUGGGCAAGGACCUGAAUCUCCUCUUGCUAUUAAGAAAGCUAACUCCUGUUCUACAGUUUUUUUAGAUGACAGUACUGUCAGUUUACCCAACCUAAAAUUUACUUUAAAAUGUGCAUCAUUAGCUGUAUUCUAUAUUGUCAAAGGACGAGACAGACCACCAAAAACAUUAGAUAUAUAUGAUGAGAAAAUCCACCCACUCACAGUAACGAGACCCCGUUCUGAUCACUAUGCUGAUUUUACACCAGAUCACAAACUAAUAUAUAAAUUUAUUAAAACUUUAUUUCAUGCUGCACAGCUUACAUCAGAAUGUGCUAUCAUCACAAUUAUCUAUUUAGAGAGGCUCUUACAAUACAGUGAGAUAGAUCUACAUCCUUCAAAUUGGAAACGCAUUCUCCUCGGAGCUAUACUGUUAGCUUCAAAAGUAUGGGAUGAUCAAGCAGUAUGGAGUGACUAUUGUCAAAUUUUACGUGAAAUCACUGUUGAAGAUAUGAAUGAGUUAGAAAGGGUAUAUUUAGAACAGAUACAAUUCAACAUUAAUGUACCGGCCAAAAUGUACGCCAAAUAUUACUUUGACUUGAGAACACUAUCAGAAGAAAAUGGACUCACAUUUCCAAAUGAAUAUUUACCACUAACAAAAGAUAGAGCACUAAAAAUUGAAGUAAGAGUGUUUGAAAAUUAA